CACAACAAAGUAGAACCACAAAAUCUGGAACCUGCCUCAUCUCCAGAAAUCAUCAUCUUUUUUUUUCCUUUUACUUUUAGUUUUUUCUGCACAUCUAUGGUCUUUUUAAAUCGAAUUUGUGGCCUUGAAAGCUCAAAUAACCAAUAGUCCACACCCAUCUCGUCCUCCAAAUACCUGGGAGGUCUGUUAAUAUGCUUCGAUCGGACACUAUUUACUCCAAAUCUCUCCAUUCAAGGCUCUGUGCGCUCCCAGAAUAGCCGCCGCUUGGAGAGUCGGUGCUUAAAACGCCGGGCUGCGGGGAAGGAAGUGACAUGCUACCUUCCACUCACUACACACACUUGGAGAGAUUAGCGCGCAGGGAGCAGUAAUCUGUUUUCAGGACCACGGCCAGAGACACCGUUUGGCCAUGAAUCCUGUCGAAAGUUGCCAGCGGCGCACUGCGAACCUUUACGGACACCAAAGAGUGUGAAGAAGUUCGUUUGGACCUCAAGGACUCUGGGAAAGUGGAGCUGAAAGAUGAUGAUUUUACACAAAGGCACUUGAAGUGAACUAAAUCUCUGGACAAUCUGAGCCGCUGACUGUAGAUUCUGUUGCACCGCGGGUUAAGGAGCCUGGUGACCGAGUGAAAUCUUUUUUUUUUUUUUUUUUUUUUUUUUUUUUUUUAUGUGAGUGAGAAGAACGAGGCGUAAGGAGCCGAGGAGAAGGGUGUGCGCGCAGUCAGGAGCGCGCAAAGACUGUACAUCGGUCCGGUCCUGGAGUCGUGAGGAUGGAGAUCCGGCCGGACAGGUUUAAGGCCGUGGCAGCCAAGACUCUCGGGAAAAUAUACGGAGCUCUUGAGAAGAAACAGGAAAAUGGCGAGACCAUCGAACUGUCGGCUGAGGGCCGGCCGGAGCUGGUGGAGGAGAAGGAGAUGCCCGUGGUGGACUGCACAUGCUUCGGCCUGCCCAGGCGCUACAUCAUCGCCAUCCUCUCCGGCAUUGGUUUCUGCAUCUCCUUCGGUAUCAGAUGUAACCUGGGUGUGGCCAUCGUCAGCAUGGUCAACAGCCACACCAUCUACAGAGACAACAAGGAGGUCAUAGUGAAAGCACAGUUCGACUGGGAUCCAGAAACAGUGGGAAUGAUCCAUGGUUCCUUCUUCUGGGGAUACAUAGUCACUCAAAUCCCUGGAGGCUUCAUUUGCCAAAAGUUUGCAGCAAACAGAGUGUUUGGCUUUGCUAUAGUGGCCACAUCUUGCCUGAACAUGCUCAUCCCCACAGCAGCACGGAUGCACUUUGGCUGUGUUAUCAUUGUCAGGGUGUUUCAAGGACUUGUGGAGGGGGUUUCAUAUCCUGCCUGUCAUGGUAUUUGGGCAAAAUGGGCGCCCCCUCUUGAGAGAAGUCGUCUGGCCACAACAGCCUUCUGCGGUUCUUAUGCCGGUGCUGUGAUUGCCAUGCCGUUAGCUGGAAUCCUCGUGCAGUACUCAGGAUGGUCGUCUGUUUUCUACGUCUACGGCACUUUUGGUGUCUUAUGGUACUGUUUCUGGAUCUUGGUGUCGUAUGAGAGUCCGGCAGUUCACCCCACCAUCACUGACGAGGAGAGGAAGUACAUUGAGGAAAGCAUCGGCGAAUCCGCCCAGCAUACAGUCACGAAGUUCAACACACCGUGGAGGGCCUUUUUCACCUCCAUGCCGGUGUACGCCAUCAUUGUGGCAAAUUUCUGCAGGAGCUGGACCUUCUACUUGCUCCUCAUCAGCCAGCCUGCGUACUUCGAGGAGGUGUUUGGGUUCGAGAUUAGCAAGGUGGGCAUAGUGUCUGCACUUCCCCAUCUGGUUAUGACCAUCAUCGUGCCCAUCGGUGGUCAGCUUGCCGACUAUCUGCGCUCCAACCACAUCAUGACCACCACCAAUGUCAGAAAACUUAUGAACUGCGGAGGGUUUGGGAUGGAGGCGACGCUGCUGCUGGUGGUUGGUUUCUCUCACACUAAAGGUGUUGCCAUUACAUUCCUGGUCCUGGCUGUGGGAUUCUCUGGUUUUGCCAUUUCAGGUUUCAAUGUGAACCACCUGGACAUUGCUCCACGAUAUGCAAGUAUCCUUAUGGGCAUCUCCAACGGUGUGGGCACUCUGUCUGGGAUGGUGUGUCCACUUAUAGUUGGUGCCAUGACGAAGCAUAAGACGCGAGAGGAGUGGCAGGGCGUGUUUCUUAUUGCCUCACUUGUUCAUUAUGGAGGUGUUAUAUUCUACGGCAUCUUCGCAUCUGGAGAAAAACAGGCCUGGGCCGAACCAGAGCAGCUGAGCGAUGAGAAAUGUGGCAUCCUGGACGAGGACGAGCUCGCAAAUGAGACAGAGGAACUGUAUCGUACGAGCGGCGGGGCCGGCUACGGAGCCAUGAACCAGGGGUCGGAUCCCAACGGAGGCGGAGGCGUGGGAGGAGGAGGAGGAGGAGGAGGCUGGGUCUCCGACUGGGACAAAACCGAGGAGUACGUCCAACCAGCUGGAACCAAUAAUUAUCUUUACGGAGGAGAGGGAGACCGAGAGCUGACAUAAAACCAGCAGAUCCUCCUCAGAAACAGUGUUUCAACAAUUGGAGUCUCACCUGAUGGCAUGAAAAACUUUGGAUUUAAAAUGGAAAGUGGGAAGGGACAAUUUUCAGCAGGUCUGAACUGAUUUCAAGAGACUGCACAGUGGAGGUGGAGACGUUAGUAGAUGUAAAGUGUGUGUUUGUGUGUGAUUGCAGUUGUGAUGAUCUAAGUAAGAGUGUUUUAGCAGAUAUCGGCCUUCCUGUUGGGGGGAGUGCUGAGCUGUAGGCCUGGUGUGGCUUCCUUUGGUGUUUAUUUGUUGUAAUGAUUGUAGAAAUUUCUAUAUGAACUGACACAACAUGGAUUUAAGUUGUUAGCCUCGAAUUUCUAUCUGAAUCAUUCAAGAUUUCAAAUUUUUGAGGCACUCAUUCAUCACUCUCACAUUUCAUUUUUUUUUAAAAAUCAAAGUUUCUGCCUCCCACAGCAGAGUACGCACCUCCAGUAGUCUCCAUGCAAUAAUAUGAAAUCAUAUUUCCUAAGAACAGUGUUGUUUUGACCUUAAUCUGCACACUUUUAAGAAAAAGCAUGCUACUUGUGCCAAUACAACAAAAUAUUUUGUUCUGUAGUAUUGGUUUACCACUGAGAAAGUAAUUGAACACCUGCAAAUAAUACUGUACUGCGGCUUUCUGUGGAGUUGUCACUUUUAAAUAGCCCAUAUUAACAUUUUUAGACGCAAUUUUGAUUUCCUCACGCAAAACUAUACUGGGCCUCAAACCUCUCUGCCUGCCGACUAACUGGGGAUUUAAAAUGCCUCAUAAUUGACUAGAAGGAAGGGAAAGUGUCUCUUUUUAAUUUAGUCUGUUAGUUAGAGCAACUUUUGUUUUUAAUCAGGCAUCUCUGAGGUUGUUUUCUUUCGAGUCCAACACAAUUUUGUUCUUUCACUUUACAUCUAAUAUGUGAUGUUAUUCUGUCGUGCUACACUUGUGGCAAAGGAGGCAAUUCAUGCUCUUAAGAAACACACUUUGCUGUCAGUAUAUAUCCUAGAAAAUCCAACAUAUGCACUCUGUCACAGGGGCAACGCACAAAAAGCACUGAGCCAAGACUGUGGUUUGACCCCAGUAAUGUAGAAAUAAAAGGUGCACUUUCAUUGCCCUUUAUUUUAUAGUGCUGCAAAUCGAAGAUGGAAAAUGGACAAUAAAACAUCAGCAUUUCCCUGUACAGGAGCAGUAUGUUUAAUCUGUGUUAGUAGAUGUUGUAAUGUCUCUAGCUAGUCCCAAAAUGAAGGUUUAAAAUGAAAACAUAUACCCAACUUAGGACAUGGGAUGGUUCUGUUUCACUGAGUGGAAUCCACUGAUAGAAUGAAUAUUAAAUGUUAGGAUUUUUACAGCUUUUCUUUUUUCAUUUUUCAUUAAUUUAUUGUUCAAUGUUUUGUUCUGGAUUCUAAACUCAAACCGUAUAUGUUAAAAAAAAAAAAAAUCAUGUACAUGUUGAAAAAUAUUGUAUAAUAAAACCUAGAGGUGA